AUGGGCAACUCGACCGGAAGCACAGUGGAUGACCUCCAGGCUGUAGAGAUGCACCUGUGGUACAAAAAGUUCAUGACCGAGUGUCCCUCAGGACAGCUCACGCUGCAUGAAUUCAAGCAGUUCUUCGGGCUCCGGGGACUCGACUCCGAAGCCAAUGCCUACAUCGAGCAGAUGUUCCGAACCUUCGACAUGAACAAGGAUGGAUACAUUGACUUCAUGGAGUACGUGGCAGCCUUGAGUCUGGUGAUGCGAGGCAAGAUGGAGCACAAGCUGCGCUGGUACUUUAAGCUGUACGACGUGGACGGCAACGGCUGCAUUGACCGGCACGAGCUGCUCAACAUCAUCAAGGCCAUCCGAGCCAUCAACGGCAGCGAAUCUCAGGAAGUCUCAGCUGAGGAGUUUACCAACCGGGUAUUUGAAAAGAUUGACAUCAACGGAGAUGGGGAACUGUCGCUCGAGGAGUUUGUGGCGGGGGCACGCAGUGAUGAUGACUUCAUGGAGGUGAUGAUGAAGAGUCUAGAUCUCACCCACAUCGUGGCCAUGAUCCACAACCGAAGGCACAGCAUUUAG